UGUAUUCACAUUCCAAAAUUUAAGAAAAAAGGUUGUAAAUAAGUGAGUCACUAGUUUCAUUUUAAUUUUUCUGUGACUUCUUAUAUAAUAGGGAAUGUUGCCAGUGAAAACUUAGGAAUGGAGAAGCAGUUCUGUUUCAUGAGCUCUGGUGGAAGACCAGGGAUAUUUUGUGUCCAGGAGGGUGAGCUAGAUGUUGCAGAGUUUCUUUUAUUUCAUAGCACACAGAAAAAAUAUUUUGUGUAGUACAUGUAGAUAGAUUUGUAACUGUAGAAAAGCUUCUGUGGGUCAGUGUGUGAAGACUUCUAUCCUGUGAGCUGGUGGCCCCCUUCUAUAACAGAUGCCCCAAGAAUGGAGGUAUCGAUAUAUCUUAACAGUGUUCACUUUCUAUAUUGGGAAGUUCUGCUAUGUGGAGGGCAUUUAAGGGGUAUUAAAUCCUAGACUCCAGUAAGGAUACAGGGGUAAAUUAUAAUAGUAUUGGCUUGGUGAAAUGCUAGGAAAGAGUUGGAGAGGUUAGUUCUGAUCGUGGUGGAAAGGAUCUAGCAAGGGUUCUAGUGGAGGUGGGGCACGGGGGCAUUUCAUCCAGGGGAAUUAGUUUUUGAAAGAUAGAGAGCCAAAAGGCAGAGAAUUUGGGGAAUACCAAGGAUUUCUGAGGUGGCUGGGUAUGACAUUUGGGGAUACAAGUAGGAAGCAGUAUAGUAGGAGCUACAUUUAAGAAAGUUGUGUGGGUGUGGGUUGACUUCAGGAAGGCCUUUUAUGUGACUGAAUGGGCUCAUGGUUGUGGGUACUACUGCUGGUUUUGCCUUGGUAGGAGACUUUUACCCUCCCCCCUUUAGAAAAAUGAUCUUGGGGCAGUAUAGGAUGAGCUAGAGCCUUCAAGCAUAUAGGUGGAGUGGGGGUGGAGGGGUAGGGAGAGACAUUACUCUCCAUGUCAUAAGAAAUAAUAAAGGUUUACACCUGGUGAAGGGGGAUUGGGAGGGUUUCCUGAAAUGAGAACCUAUGUCCCUCCUCCUCCACUCCCCCCCACCACCCAUUCUGCUUAUUGAUGUGAAGAAAGAAGACUUAGAUUUGGAGCCCAGGUAAAGGGACCAUUUGAAAAAUUAUAGUCUGUGUAGGGGAUAAGGAGCUUGAUUUUGACAUGUGUGCAUUUUAAGAUACUUGGAGAGUAACAACUGUGAACAUUUAUAAAGUGCCUUCUAGGGACCAAGUACUGAUCUAAUAAGCACUUUCCUUUUUUUUUUUUUUUUUUUAAAAAAAAAAACACAACUCAGUUCUCACAACAACCGGAAGAAGUAGAUGUUAUCAGUUAGUAUCCAAUCAGGAAAAUAAAAGGCAUUAGAUGUUUUAAGCACAGAAGGAUUUAAUACAAGGAAUUGGUCACAGUGGUGUUGGAGGGACUUGAGGAACAAAAAGAAAAAUUGUGUCUUGGGAGGGGUAUAUGUUGGAGCAGAAGGAGAAUGUAUGUAGGUGAAUGUUGAAGGAGCAAAAAGAAGAGGAUAUUGCAUGUGACCUGACAGCUGCUGGAUAAACUGCAUGCUCUGUAGAUUCACUGGUGGUCUUCAUUGGUUCCGCUGCUUUGGAACCACCAUAGAUGCUGCUGCUUUUGGAGGCAGCACCAGAAAUAGGAAGCAAAGGCCUUUUUCUAUCAUUUUGCACUUUCCUGCCAGUCUUUCCCUUGACCAAUUAUGGGAAGCUGUUUGGAAAGGGAGUUUGGAAAACAUAAUUUAUAGACUUCUAGCCCCUUGUAAAUAAAGAGAUAGAGCCAACAGAAUAACGCCCAGUGAGGCAGAUACUAUUUUUAUCCUUACUUUACAGGUAUGAAAUCUGAGGCACACAGAAGGUAACUAAUUCUCCUAAGGUCACACAGCUAUAACUUGGCAGAAUUGGGAUGUGACUCCAGGCAGUCUGGUUUUCAGAGUCUGAGUUCUUAGCUUCCCACUUUGAUCUUUCUUCCACACAUGGUUAUUGUUUGAUUUUUCUCCCUAUUGCUGUGCACUUCAAAUGUGCAGGUGUUUCCAUUAAUUUUGCUUAUCCUGCACUUAUUUUUCUUUUGAUAUCCUCUUACUGGCUGCAGUUUCUUACCCCCACCUCUGGAACUUCUGUCUUCAAUGUCACCACUGACUUUAUAGCCACUACAAUGGGUUAUUUUAGUUUCUAUUUCUCCUUGAUCUAUUUCUGGCUUUUGAUACUGAUACCAUUUAUAUGGAAUUCCACUCCUCACCACUGUGAUUCUGACUUGUUUCAUUUUCCCCAUACCUUACUGAGUCUCCUUGGUUUUCUUAACUUGUCUUCGCAUUCCUUAGAUCAUUAUGCUAUCUCUUGGCGUGGGUUGGAAUUUCAGUAUGUUAUAGGAAGCUACUUAAUGCUCACGUAUAUCUAAAUCAUGACCAAUAAAAACCUCAAGCACAAGAUACUUACGACCUUUUUUCUUUGUACGGAUUGUGAAGUUUUAGAGGAGUCAAAGCAGGGUCCCAAUAUGGCCUCUGCCUUGGGCAAGGAGGAACAGAUACUGUGGACUGAAGAAGGACUCACUGAGUACCUACUAUGUGCUAACAUAUUGCUAAGUGCGCUAAAUGCACUGCUUCAUUUUACUUUGGUGUGAGAUUAUUUUAUAGAUGAAGAAACCAACUCCUCGUGAUGUAUUAGUAAUAACUUCUGGGGUUCAAACCCUCAUCUGACUGGCUCUGACAGCUGCGUUCUUCCCUUUGGACCACUUGGGGAGAAAAGCCCCCAUGUUCGUAUCUGUUGAAUAAGGGAAUUGGGAAAGAUAAUUUUAAAGACACAUUCAGUACCACACUCAUUCUCUCCCACACUGGUUGUCUUCAGCAGUAGUUACUUCUAAUAUUGAAAAAGGAAGUUGCCCUCUCACUCCGGAAAUGUCCUGUUUUAUUAAUCCAAACAGUACUAACAUGUUACUUGUAAGAGUUAGGAAGUAGGGCAAAGGCAUUCAGAAUAGUCAUGAUGAUACAUCUUCAUGUAAGUUUCAAGAGAGCCCAAUUACCUCCAAAUGAGGCUGCUGCCCAGAACAUUAGAAGCUGUGGCUUUUAUUGACAGGGGCUCCGGAUAAUAGCUUUGGAACAACUCCAAUCUAAACAAAGGGCAACCUGUUAUUCCAUUGUAUUUUCUGUUGAGAGCAUUUGCUUCCAGAUUAUUAAGAAUCCCUUCUUUCCUUGCAGGAAACUCUGAGAUUUGCAAGAAGAUAGUGAAUAGUGUAGUUCUAAUUUGUUAAGUAAUCCUCAGUACCUUCAUUUCCAUAUUUAUAGAGGGUUGACCAUACAGAGGCACAGUGAUGGAGAGCAUGGGAUGACAUUGUUUGGAGGCAGAUAACCCAGUCCAUACCUGACGUAGGCACACCGGAGUGGUGAAUGUUGGCAGUGACCUGUCAUGAAGUCCUGCCCUGCCACCCAUACACCACCUGAGAGCACCUUACCACCAAGACCACUGCCCUUACCUCAUGAGGAGUUUCCACUUGAGCGGCACAGUGACAGAACCUGCAAUACAAUCGGAGCCAGAAACUGUUUGCAACGUGGCCAUCAGCUUUGAUCGUUGCAAGAUUACCUCAGUGACCUGCAGCUGUGGAAACAAGGACAUAUUUUAUUGUGCCCAUGUUGUGGCAUUGUCUUUAUACCGCAUCCGCAAACCAGAUCAGGUCAAACUGCAUCUUCCCAUUUCAGAGACUCUCUUUCAAAUGAAUAGAGACCAACUGCAAAAGUUUGUACAGUAUUUGAUCACAGUGCACCACACAGAGGUUUUGCCAACUGCUCAGAAAUUAGCAGAUGAAAUUCUUUCCCAAAAUUCAGAAAUCAACCAAGUUCAUGGUGCUCCUGAUCCAACAGCAGGUGCUAGUAUAGAUGAUGAAAACUGCUGGCACUUAGAUGAAGAGCAGGUUCAAGAACAGGUUAAACUGUUCCUUUCCCAGGGCGGGUACCACGGAUCAGGGAAGCAGCUUAAUUUGCUUUUUGCAAAGGUGCGAGAGAUGUUGAAGAUGAGGGACUCUAAUGGGGCCCGAAUGUUGACGUUGAUAACAGAGCAAUUCAUGGCUGACCCUCGCCUGUCUCUUUGGAGGCAACAAGGCACAGCGAUGACUGACAAAUACAGGCAGCUCUGGGAUGAACUGGGUGCUCUGUGGAUGUGUAUAGUUUUAAACCCCCACUGCAAGCUGGAACAGAAGGCCAGUUGGCUAAAACAGUUGAAAAAGUGGAACAGUGUUGAUGUCUGUCCAUGGGAAGAUGGGAAUCAUGGCAGUGAAUUACCCAAUUUAACCAAUGCUCUGCCUCAGGGUGCAAAUGCCAAUCAAGAUUCAUCGAACAGGCCACACCGGACAGUGUUCACCCGAGCUAUUGAGGCAUGCGAUCUCCACUGGCAGGAUAGCCACUUGCAGCACAUUAUCAGCAGUGACCUAUACACCAACUACUGUUACCAUGACGACACUGAAAACUCCCUCUUUGACUCCCGCGGGUGGCCCCUCUGGCAUGAACAUGUUCCUACAGCCUGUGCAAGAGUGGAUGCAUUACGUUCUCAUGGGUAUCCCCGAGAAGCACUGAGACUAGCAAUAGCUAUUGUGAACACAUUAAGACGACAACAACAGAAACAGUUGGAAUUGUUCCGAACUCAAAAAAAAGAGCUACCCCAUAAAAGCAUCACAUCGAUAACCAAUCUGGAAGGCUGGGUUGGACACCCCCUGGACCCUGUGGGUACUCUUUUCAGCAGCCUUAUGGAAGCCUGUCAUGUUGAUGAUGAAAGCUUCUCUGGGUUCUCAGAUUUUACAGAGAACAUGGGACAGUGCAAGUCUCUGGAAUACCAGCAUCUACCUGCACACAAAUUCUUAGAAGAAGGGGAAUCCUAUUUAACGCUAGCUGUGGAAGUAGCCCUGAUAGGACUGGGACAGCAGCGUAUCAUGCCUGAUGGGCUGUACACACAAGAGAAAGUUUGCCGAAAUGAGGAGCAGCUCAUUUCCAAGCUUCAGGAAAUUGAAUUGGAUGACACACUGGUGAAAAUUUUUCGCAAGCAAGCAGUCUUCCUAUUAGAAGCUGGACCAUAUAGUGGUUUAGGCGAAAUAAUCCAUCGGGAGAGUGUUCCAAUGCACACAUUUGCCAAGUAUCUCUUCACCUCCCUCCUACCUCAUGAUGCUGAAUUGGCAUACAAAAUUGCACUGAGAGCAAUGCGGUUACUAGUAUUGGAAUCUACUGCUCCAACGGGAGACCUCACCCGCCCUCACCACAUUGCAUCAGUUGUUCCCAACCGAUAUCCUCGUUGGUUCACACUAAGCCACAUAGAAUCCCAGCAGUGUGAGCUGGCAUCUACCAUGUUAACUGCAGCCAAAGGCGAUGUUCGGAGGCUGGAAACAGUAUUAGAAUCCAUCCAGAAAAACAUUCACUCCUCAUCCCACAUCUUCAAGCUUGCCCAAGAUGCAUUUAAAAUAGCAACACUCAUGGACAGUUUGCCAGACAUCACUCUUUUGAAAGUGUCUCUGGAGCUGGGCCUGCAGGUUAUGCGAAUGACACUGUCAACCUUAAAUUGGCGACGGCGGGAGAUGGUGAGGUGGCUGGUAACCUGUGCCACUGAAGUGGGUGUUUAUGCCUUGGACAGCAUCAUGCAGAGCUGGUUUACGCUCUUCACUCCCACAGAGGCCACAAGUAUAGUUGCCACCACGGUGAUGUCCAACAGCACCAUCGUCCGUCUGCAUCUGGACUGCCACCAGCAGGAAAAGCUGGCCAGCAGUGCCCGGACACUUGCUUUGCAGUGCGCCAUGAAGGACCCUCAGAACUGUGCCCUCUCCGCACUGACCCUGUGUGAAAAGGAUCACAUAGCUUUUGAGACGGCGUACCAAAUUGUUCUCGACGCUGCUACGACCGGCAUGAGCUACACCCAGCUCUUUACGAUAGCACGGUACAUGGAGCACCGUGGGUACCCCAUGAGGGCCUACAAGCUGGCCACCCUGGCCAUGACCCAUCUCAACCUGAGCUACAAUCAGGACACACACCCUGCCAUUAACGACGUUUUGUGGGCCUGUGCGCUUAGCCACUCCCUCGGUAAAAAUGAGCUUGCAGCUAUAAUACCUCUGGUGGUCAAGAGUGUCAAGUGUGCAACGGUACUGUCAGACAUUUUGCGCAGAUGCACUCUGACCACCCCUGGCAUGGUGGGACUUCACGGGAGGAGGAACUCUGGUAAGCUCAUGUCACUGGACAAAGCCCCCUUGAGGCAACUCUUGGAUGCCACGAUCGGGGCUUACAUCAACACAACGCACUCUCGGCUCACACACAUCAGUCCUCGGCACUAUAGUGAGUUCAUAGAGUUCCUCAGCAAGGCCCGAGAGACCUUCUUAAUGGCGCAUGAUGGACACAUUCAGUUUACACAGUUUAUUGACAACCUGAAACAAAUCUACAAAGGCAAAAAGAAACUGAUGAUGUUGGUUCGGGAGAGGUUUGGUUGAUAGAACUUGUAUGAA